CUACAGUUGGCUGAGGAAUUAACGCAAGAAUAUGGCAUUGCUGAAGAUGUAUCUGUCAAGAUUACAGCAACAUAUUUGAAACUCUUUAGAAAGUGUCCCGACAAUGUGAUUUAUACCUUGGAUGUUUGGCGCACAACUUUAUGGAGUAAAGCGCUCGGAGAGAAAUAUUCGUACCUAGCAAACAGAAUUUACGAACGAUGGUUGUAUUUAAGAUAUUAUUAUUUGACACUGUCAUCAGAUGUAAUUUCUAUGCUCAGACAGUUGAGGAUAAAAUACCACUUAGGUUUGAUUACGAAUGGCCCCUCCAAUGCGCAAUGGGAAAAAAUACACAAACUAUCGCUCGAGCAAUACUUCGAUAUCAUCCUAGUAUCUGGUGAUUUACCAUGGGAGAAACCACACAGAGAAAUAUUCAGAAGAGCAUGUCGAUUUUUAAAUGUCAAAUCGGACAGAUGUAUAAUGGUUGGUGACAAAUUGGAAACCGACAUUCUAGGUGGAAUAGAAGCAGGUCUAGGAGGUACAGUUUGGAUUCCAAUAUCAGAAAAGUCACAUUUAUUAGAGGAAGAUCCACAACCAGAUUUUACUAUAAGUCACAUAACGGAUAUCUUAAAUAUUUUAAAUAGCGGACCCGGCGCACCGGAACUCGAAGAUUCCUCUUCAAAUGCGUCCGAUGGUAGCUGAUGAGGAAACAAAUCUCUUUUUUUAUUUUUAUUUUAGUUUCGUGACUAAUUUUGUUACGAAACGUUUUUCAUUUCGUCUAAACUUCAGUACCGUCGUGACUAAGUACUGUUUCUUAUAGCUAACUGUAACAUGUAAUUUAUUUUACAUGAUAAAAACACAACUCGAAGACAUUAUUCAAAUGUUUCCGGUUGUAUAGAAAAGAGUGAAAUUAUUGACUGCAAGAUAACAAUCAAUAAGUGAUAUUGCAUUUGAAGGAAAGAAGUCAAAUCUUUAUUUUAAUUGCAUUUGUAAGAAAAAUUUUUUUUUUUUUCUUUUUUAAAGUUUUCUCAUAACUUUUACGUCAUUUGUAUGAAAUUAUGUCUACAUUUUUGUAUGAAAAAUAUUCCCUUGUAUAAUACAUUUUUGUUUUUAAAGUCAAACAUUGAAGAAGCAGGUACGAUUUUGCAAAUCGUAACUGUACGAGUUUAUUAUAAGUGAGAAAAGUGCAACCUACGUACAAAGUGCAUAGAGCACAUUUGCAUCUGUGUAGUAAUAUAAAAAAGAUGAAAGAUAACCAUUUUAGUUUUAUAUUCUAUGUGUACUAAUACUUUCUGUACAAUAUCAU